GAAACUGCUGCCCGCAUGGAUGCCAUGGUCAAGGAGCGAGAUGACCUGCGUCAAGAAUUGGCCGACCUGCGCAAGUCCCUCGACUCCAUCCAAGAGAAGCACCAUCAAGAGACGGAAGAACUCAAGACACAGGCUCAGAACGACAAGACAACUAGAGACAAUGCCGAAAUCGACGAAUUGCGCAAUUCAGGCAGUGAAGAGGUAGAACAACUGAAGGCACAACUUGAAGAAACUCAGAAGGGCAAGGAAAACGCCGAAAGCGCCUACCGCACACUUCUGGGCAAGGUCAACACCAUCAAGUCGCAGUUGGGAGAACGUCUGAAAGCAGAUGCCGAGGAACUCUCCAAAGCUCGCGCUGAGAUUGAAGAUCUCCAAGAAGAGAGCAGAUCUGCUCGCGAAAGCAAAGAAGAGCUUCAAGCCACCAUCCGUCAACUCGAGACUCAACGCAAGGAGCACGAAAGCGAGAUUGAAUCCCUUCGAAGCCGUACUAAUGUCAGCCAGUCGAACUGGGUCAAGGAGCGCGAUGAGUUGAUCAGCAGAGAAGCCUAUGCUCGUGAAGAGUUUGAGAACGCCCGACAAGCUAUGCAAGACUGGGAAGUUCUGGCAAUGGAAGAGAGAUCGUUACGCGAAGCGCUCAAUGAGCGUGUGACAGAGAUUGAAGAGCAACUUAACGCUCAGAGAGAAGCCUACGACCGCGCUGCAAGCGAAAGAGACACACAAAACUCGACAGUCGACUCGCUUCAACGGGCGUUACAAGAUAUUCAAGAUGCACGCAAGAAGGAGCUGCGCGAGAUGGUCGAAAACUCACAAGCUCAACUAGACGCUUUGCGCGCCCAGACCGAAGAAGCAAAAGCCUCGGCUGCGUCGUCAGCAGAAGAGCUCGAAAAAGUGCGGAAAGAGCUCGAGCGUGCCCUUCCUUUUGAGAAAGAGGUCAAGGAGAAGAACUUGCUGAUCGGGAAACUGCGACACGAAGCCGUUAUCCUCAACGAUCAUCUCACAAAGGCCCUGCGAUUCCUAAAGCGUGGCAAGCCAGAGGACAAUGUGGAUCGUCAUAUUGUGACCAACCAUUUCUUGCACUUCUUGACUCUUGAUCGUAGUGAUCCAAAGAAGUUCCAAGUCCUACAACUUAUUGCUGCACUACUUGGUUGGACCGAGGAACAAAGAGAGCAAGCAGGACUGGCACGACCAGGUGCUUCUAACUCCAUGCUCAAGAUUCCCCUAUCACCUUUCCGCCGCACUCCCUCGACACCAUCGUUAUCAGACUCUACCUUCGACAAUCAUCAAGGAGGCAGCAAAGAAUCACUCGCCGAACUCUGGUCCGACUUCUUGGAGAGAGAAGCGCAAGAGGGUGGCAUGAAGAGUAGCCGUAGCGGCAGUUUCGCCAUGAUGUCUCCGACACAGGAGAGGCCUGCUUCUGCUGGAGGACUGGGCCUCGCUAGUCCCAAACCUACCUAA